CAAGAUGGCUGCCGAAAUGAAUGAAUKUAGCUGCACUGGAACAAGGAGCUGUCUUUUAUGCGAACAAAAUCAUUUAUAUGGAAAGGGAAAGGACAUUUUAAGCAAUGAAAGUGGUGYCAACGACAUUUCGAGAUAUUUUCUCUGCUUGAAUUGCUAUGGAGUCGUGGAAUUUGGACAAAUAUGUUCACAUAACGGCACAGACCGAAGCAAAAACUUGAUAAGUGGAAUAACUGUGAUCCAGGACUUURUUAGCGAGGAAGAGGAGAGGUUAAUAGUAAGAGAGAUUGAUCAAACAUGUUGGAAGCUAUCACAGUCGGGUCGACGAAAGCAGGAUUAUGGCCCUCAAGCUAAUUUUAAGAAAAAGAAGUUAAAACUAACAUACUUCAAUGGACUUCCAGCUUUUAGCAAAGUCCUGAUAGAAAGGAUGUGCCAAGCUGUCCCAACAUUAAGUGACUUUAAAGUUGUUGAACUUUGUAACUUGGAGUAUAUGCCUGAGCGAGGAGCUGCGAUAGACGCUCAUUUUGAUGACUUUUGGCUAUGGGGUGAGCGACUCGUAACUUUAAACCUGUUAUCCCAAACCAUAAUGACGAUGUCACAUGAUCAGCUAAAAGCAGUAGUGGAAUUUGAAAUGCCAAGACGAUCACUCAUCAUAAUGGCUGGACCAGCUCGUUAUGAAUGGAAGCAUGAGAUAAAAAGACACCAUAUUAGAAGUAGAAGAAUUGCUAUGACAUUUAGAGAAUUAUCAAGUGAGUUUUCUGUUGGAGGACCAAAUGAAAUUAUUGGAAAGCAGGUCUAUGAGACUGCAUUGUCAUUUAAUGGAAAAUCAGUUCAAGAAAAUAUGGGAUUAAAUUAAUGUGUUAAAUAAAAGCAACUCUUGCAAAUUCUCCAUCUUAGACAAAARGCUAUGCUCACAACCUAAGGUUUUCCAUGGUGAUUCUACAUGAAAAUAUGUUCUCUCCAAUAACGUUUAAGAACAAACACCUUGGUCGGUGAAAGAUUAUCCAGUCUCUAGGCACCCCAUUUUUAUUACAGACAAAAAGUUUAAAAGUAAUAAUGCUCCAUUUGAUUGGUUGACAUAUGAAGAUGGCCAACCAAUCACAAGGCCGCUACCAUUCCAAUUCCAAAACAUCUUCAAUUAAAAUAUGUAAAUCUUGGUUAAUUUUGUUGAGCACRAGACACUGUGUCAGUGGUAAACAACAAAUAUUACUGCAAUUUGACAUGUUGGUUGCUUGCAUUACUAGUUUGUGACCAUUUUGAACUUAUAAAUCUGACAAAAAAUUGAACAAUGUUAUCUUUUUUCUUAAGAAAUAAAAUUUGGAACUGUAGUUUGAAAUAUCUUUAGAUAGAGGGGCUAGAAUUUUUCAAGCUGUAUGAUCAAGAGGAUAGAGAUGGUACUUUGUUUACGUAAC